AUGGAGAAGCAUAAAUCACCAGGCCAUGUUGGUGGUGGUCUGCCGCCUCCUUCAGGCCGUUACUCUGCUUUUAGCUCAUCGGCGAACUCUUUAACCACGAACUGUGAAUCAUCACCAUCAUCUGCUCCCCCUGCAUUGCCAGAAUCCGGUCAUUUUAACCAUUCAAUGUCGUCGGAGCCCGGACGUUUCAGCCAUGACAUCAGCCAGAUGCCGGAUUUCCCCCCGAAGAACCGUGGUCACAGACGGGCCCACUCUGAGAUUCUUGGACUCCCUGAUGACAUCAGCUUUGAUAGCGAUCUUGGUGUUGUGGGUUCUGCUGAUGGCCCCUCACUGUCUGAUGAUACUGAGGAAGACCUCUUCUCCAUGUACAUGGACAUGGAGAAAUUUACCUCGUCUUGUGCAACAUCAGGUGUAAAAUCCGGUGAGUCCUCAGAAGCAGCAACAUUUCCUAUAAGUGAUAAUAUGAUUGCGGGUCCUAGCGAGAGGCCGAGGAUUAGACACCAACAUAGCCAAUCCAUGGAUGGAUCCACCUCAAUCAAGCCUGAGUUGCUCGUUUCAGGUGCAGAAGGUCCUUCAUUAGCAGAACAGAAGAAAGCCAUGUCGGCAGCAAAGCUUGCUGAUCUCGCACUCAUUGAUCCAAAGCGUGCAAAGAGGAUAUGGGCAAAUAGGCAGUCAGCUGCAAGGUCGAAAGAAAGGAAGAUGCGUUACAUAGCGGAGCUUGAACGGAAAGUGCAGACCCUGCAAACAGAAGCAACUACAUUGUCUGCUCAAUUGACCAUGUUACAGAGAGACACGAAUGGUCUGACUGCUGAAAACAAUGAGCUGAAACUACGUUUGCAAACCAUGGAGCAACAAGUUCAUCUACAAGAUGCUCUAAAUGACACACUGAGAGAUGAGGUCCAGCGUCUGAAAUUGGCGACAGGCCAACCCAUUCCCAAUGGCGGACAAAUGAUGAAUUAUGCAUUGUCAUACAGUGGCAAUCAACAGUUCUAUCCGCCCAACGAUGCCAUGCAGACGCUUAUGACUGCCCACCAAUUUCAGCAACUCCAGAUCCAUUCUCAGCAGCAACCGCAGCAGUUACACCCACAGCAUCAGCAGCAGCCCCAACAGCCCCAACAGUCACAACUACAACCCAGCAGGGGACCCUUGCCAUCUCCGAAUCACAGAGAAUCCGAUGUCAGCUCCUCGUCCAGGGAAUGAUAAACAGAUGCCGUAGUCAGUAGCCGUCUAAAUUGUAACUUUUGACUGUAUUGUUAAGUAGAUAAAAUUUGCAUGUGCAUGUUUUGAAGGAAUGCAUCCAUGAUCUUUUUAUCAGUACCCAACUAAAUUAAUUCCAUUUUAGAAAAUGCAUGCAGCCUUGUACUUUUCCUAAGAUGAGCUGCCUGUUACCAUGUCACUAUUCAAGUGGUGGUUUAACUGUCAUUUCUAUGAAGUUGCUGUUCUUUCAAAGACAAUUUAUAAUGUAACCAUAGGCUGAACUCAGAUAAUAUUCAUUUUUAACCAUUUUUUCC